AUGGUAGCUAUUUAUUACAUUUGUCCACAGGCUCCAGUAGUCCAACUUCUUUCAGUUCAAGUAGCUCAAGUUAUAUUAAAUCAAGCUCUAGCAGGUCUAGUAACCCAGGCUGUAGCAGCUCAACUACCAGUUCUGAGUCAAGUAGUUUGGUAUCUAGUUUAUACACCUGUCAAAGACAUUUUUCAUGUGGAGCUAAAGAUAUACGUCGAUAAUCACACAUCAGGAGUGUUGGCAUCAGCUCUUAAGGUAGGGCAAGAAAGAAACAAGCCAUGCCAAAGCUUAGUAGGCAUGCUUAGUGAUUUCACUUCGAUACAUAUGCCAUCCACUGCUGUCACCAUCAAUGUCAUUUCUAUCAUCAUCAUCAACUGUCAAAACCAUAACUACCAACAAUUUGGUUUGUCUUCCAAUUUAUCAAACUCUACACCAGCCAAAUACCAGCUAUUGCUCAAGGGCAUACAGAUUUUCUUGGGUUCAAGUUCUAGUAGCUCUAGUUCCAGUAGUUCAAGUUCAAGUAGCUCAAGCUCAAGUAGUUCUAGUUCAAGUAGCUCAAGCAGCUCAAGUUCCAGUAGCUCUAGUAGUUCAAGUUCAAGUAGUUCCAGCUCAAGUGCUAUUAGUUCAAGCUGUUCAAGUUCUAGUUCUAGUAGUUCAAGCUCAAGCUCUAGUAGUUCAAGUUCAAUCUCCAGCAGCUUAAGUUCGAGUUCUAGUAGUUCAAGCUCAAGUUCCAGCUCCAGUUCAAGUAGUUCAAGCUCAAGUUCUAGUAGUUCCAGUUCGAGCUCCAGUAGUUCAAGUAGCUCAAGUUCAAGUUCCAGUAGUUCAAGUAGCUCCAGUUCAAGUUCCAGUUCCAGUAGUUCAAGUAGCUCAAGUUCAAGUUCAAGUUCCAGCUCUAGCAGCUCAAGUAGUUCAAGUUCAAGCUCUAGCAGCUCAAGUUCAAGCUCUAGCAGCUCAAGUUCAAGUUCAAGCUCCAGUAGUUCAAGUUCAAGCUCUAGCAGCAAGGCAAGCUCAAGUUCAAGCUCCAGUAGUUCAAGUUCAAGCUCCAGUAGUUCAAGUUCAAGUUCUAGCAGUAAGUACUGA